AUGCUGCCUAAAAAUACAGCUUAUUUAACAAAACUAAGACCUCGGAGUCGAUAUCACUGGCGAUUUCUAUCGUCGCAAACUAUCAUUGGGGAAAUUGAAGUACCUUUUUCUAAUGGUAUCCCGCUAAAGCUGUCUUCUGGGAGAUAUGCAAGGUUCGCAGAUGGUGCUUGUGUUGCCACCCUGGGCAACACCAGUGUCUUGUCCACAGUGGUGUCAAAGGCUAAACAGAGUUCCAGCAACUUCUUACCGCUGCUUGUGGAUUAUAGGCAGAAGGCGGCUGCCGCUGGUCGUAUACCUACCAACUUCUUGAGGAAGGAAUUGGGUCCAACUGAACGUGAAAUCUUAACAUCGCGUCUUAUCGAUCGCUCGCUCCGACCACUCUUCCCGCAGAACUACAACUUCGACACGCAGAUAGUGUGCAACAUGCUAGCUGUGGACAGCACCAAUCCUCCAGAAACAGUUGCGAUCAACGCAGCCAGUGCUGCAUUAGCCUUAUCAGAUGUCCCUUGGAACGGUCCUGUUGGAGCAGUUAGACUCGGCCAAAUAGACAAUGAAAUAAUAAUAAACCCAACACGUCGUGACCUUGAGAAGUCGAACCUCAACCUGGUGGUUGCGGCGACGGCCAGCAACUUGGUAGUGAUGCUGGAAGGCCACGCCAACGUCAUCCUACAACAGGACCUGCUCAAAGCCAUCAAACUAGGUACCAAAGAAGCACAACACGUAGUCAAAAGUAUACAAGCUUUACAGAAAUCUCAUGGGAAAACGAAAAGAGAAUACGAAGUCCAGGUUCCGAUAGACCAAAGCGUCUUGGAUUCCGUCAGAACGUUGUCUUCUAUGAAGAUUAGAGAAAUUCUCAGUGACGCAGGCCACGACAAAAUGUCACGCGACAACGCAAUAUCUGAAGUGAGACAGACAGUACUAAAUCAGUUACGGGAUACGGAGGUUGACGUCACCAUACUGCAAGACUGCUUCAACACUAACCUGAGGAAGAUAUUCAGGGAUAUGAUCUUUGAAACUGAGCUCAGAUGCGAUGGAAGGGAGUUAGAUGAAUUGAGGAAGAUUUCUUGUGAGGUUGGCCUGUAUGAACCAUUGCAUGGCAGCGCACUGUUCCAACGCGGGCAAACGCAAGUUCUAUGCACGGUCGCCUUUGACUCGCCCGAAAGUGCCCUCAAAAUGGAUACGCUUACUAUGAUUACAAGCGGUGUAAAAGAGAAAAACUUCUUCCUACACUACGAGUUUCCGUCGUACGCGACAGGGGAGGUGGGGCGAAGUGGGCCGGCGGGCAGGCGGGAGGCGGGGCACGGGGCACUCGCGGAGCGGGGCCUGUUGCCCAUCGUGCCCCAGCAACAGUGCACCACCCGACUCACUGCUGAGGUGCUUGAGAGCAAUGGGUCCAGUUCGAUGGCAUCUGUGUGCGGAGGGUCACUAGCACUAAUGGACGCUGGUGUGCCCCUAACUGCCCCGGCGGCGGGCGUGGCCAUCGGCCUCGUGUCCCGGACUGACGACUCCGGCCACAUCGCGGACUACAGGAUACUGACCGAUUUGUUAGGUAUAGAAGAUUACAUGGGUGACAUGGACUUCAAAGUGGCGGGCACUAAGAAGGGCAUAACCGCGCUGCAAGCCGAUGUCAAACUGCCGGGGCUGCCUCUCAAAAUCGUGAUGGAGUCCAUACAAAAAGCCUGCGACGCGAAAAGCAAAAUAAUUGAUAUUAUGAACCAGUGUAUUGAUAAACCCAGACAAGGUCGCAAGGAAAAUAUGCCAGUGAUGGAGGAAAUGGAGGUAGAGGUUCACAAACGUGCCAAGCUGCUUGGCAUUGGUGGAUCUAACCUUAAAAGGCUUUAUUUGGAGACUGGCGUUCAGAUAAGUCCAAUCGACGAGACUCGGUACAGCGUGUUCGCGCCAUCGCAGGCCGCUAUGGAAGAAGCCAGGACCCGGAUAGCGGCGAAUCUCGCCACGGAACGAACGCCGGAACUCGAGUUUGGUGCUAUUUACACUGCGAAGGUGGUGGAAAUGAAGGACAUAGGCGUGCUAGUGACGCUGUAUUCCGGAAUGUCGCCAGCGCUAGUACACAAUUCACAGCUCGACCACAGAAAGAUAAUGCACCCAUCAGUUCUUGGUCUUGACGUGGGAUCUGAAAUCCAAGUGAAGUAUUUCGGGCGCGACCCGGUCUCGGGACAAGUGAGGCUGUCGCGGAAAGUCCUCACAUCCCCGCCACCAGGCAUCGUCAGGAAACUGGACAAAAACUAGCCCAUCAACUUCCAUCGUUAUGAAACUGGACCCUAAGUGACCUAUCCAGCUUCCAGAAAUAGCAUGUUCCAAACCAUCCACCCAUUUAACGCAAAUACAUGGGUUUUUUGAUAGAUUUUUUCACAAAGCUAAAUUGUCACAUAAGAAAACGUGCUUGAAAAAUGUAGCACAGAUCUAGUAGAAAAUUUUGCUAGUAAAAAAAAAUGCGCCUCGAGUUACAGUAUUUUUAAACAACAAACAACUUGUGUUUGGAAUUUCAAAAUUAUUGUUUAGGUGUAUUUAUUGUAAAGGUUCUACCCUCUGUGCCAUCUUCUGUACCUCACAAUAAUCCUCUUACCUUAUCCUCGUACCGUAGGAGGUUGGGUCUAAGAGCAUAUAAACCCAUUAUUGUUAUUACAUGUAUUAACCGUCUCUACGGCUUAGCCAAUGUACGGAAGAUUCUUUAUUCGAAUUCUAAUUUCGUAACUUCAUAAAUUUAUACCUGUGCUAAGCUAAGGAUGUCUAUGUACAGUGUAACUGCGCAGCCAUUUGUGAUUUACUUCAGUUUUGCGAACUGAUCGCGUUUUUUUUGGUUUUGUUAUUUAGGCGUAAUAUGAAAGACUUACUUAGUUAAAUCAGAAAUAAUUUAGAAUAAGAUUUAUUGUUAUUGUAAAUAUUCUUCUAUUAUAAAAUAAAUGCUGA